AUGUCUUCAGAUAAGUCGUCUGCUUUAUCAACAGUUGAGCCAGUGCUUGCUCCCUUAAAAGCUCCGGCUGUUGUGCCUACUGGUGUAGAUUUAUACGCUCGUUUUGCUUUCUCUGGUGCAGUAUGUUGUGGUGUGACGCAUGGUGCUCUGACACCAGUUGAUGUGGUGAAAACACGUAUGCAGCUGGAUUCUGCCACCUACAACAAAGGCAUGAUUGAUUCCACACGUAAAAUCAUCCGAAAUGAAGGUGUAGCAGCACUUGCCACUGGCUUAGGACCCACAUUUGCCGGUUAUUUUUUACAGGGUGCCUUCAAAUUUGGCGGGUAUGAGUUUUGGAAAAAAACCAUGAUCGAUAUUCUUGGAGUGGAAACAGCCACUGCAAAUCGUACUGCUGUGUAUCUAGGAUCCGCCGCUAUCGCGGAAUUCUUUGCCGAUAUUGCAUUAUGUCCUUUAGAGGCUACUCGUAUUCGGUUAGUAUCGCAACCUAAUUUCGCUUCAGGCCUUGCAAGUGGUUUUGCUCGUCUUCUUAGGGAGGAAGGUGUUAUGCGUGGAUUUUAUUCAGGAUUUGGACCAAUUUUAUUCAAACAAAUUCCAUAUACGAUGGCUAAAUUUGCAGUUUACGAAAAGACUGAAGUAGUAUAUAGCGUCAUCCAAACUCCAAAAAGUGAGCUUGCUGUAUCAACCAAUACUGCUAUCAAUCUUGGCUCUGGUCUUGUUGCUGGUCUCGCUGCAGCAGUAGUAUCGCAACCAGCGGACACCCUACUUUCCAAGAUUAACAAACAAAAGGGUACACCAGGGUCUGUUACUUCUCGGCUCAUUAAAUUGGCACAGGAACUUGGACCACGAGGACUAUUUCUGGGUCUUGGUGCUCGUCUUGUUAUGGUUGGAACUUUAACAGCUGGGCAAUUCGCCAUCUAUGGUGACAUCAAACGUAUACUUGGUGCAACAAACUCCGUGGAACUUGUCCGUGUAACCAAUUAA